GGCGUGGAUCAGAAGAUCCAGAGCCCGGUGCCGGACAUCUCGUGCGCCAAGCGGGCUGCCGAGGCGUUGUCGCAGAUCUGGGCGCCGAGUAACGCCGUGAGUCUAGGUGACGAAGGUGGCCUUGACAAGAUCACGGAGACUAUGUGGUUGUGGGGGGCAUCGCCUAGCGGCACCUCGAUUUCGAAGGAACCCCGCGGCCUCGGCGGCCUGAGGAUCAAUUUCGGCGAUCCUCUGCGCGUGAUCACGACGCCAGUGGCGAGGCUCACUCCUGUUGUCUACAACAUUACCAACCAGCCUGUGACGUCCAACGGCAGUCCUGCGGCAGCGGGGACCGCGGCGCAGCGCGUCUACGGCGUCCGCCAGAGCGUCACGCCAAUGCUCGAUGACAAUACCCAGCAACUCUCGAGCUUCAUGAUCGAAGCCGUCAUGGAUGUCUUGGUGAAGGAUCUUGCUGAACUGGGAUCGGGCCCCCAGACUUCUGCAACGACGCGCAGCACGGCUGCUGUCAAGAAGGACUUGUCUGUUUUGGCGAAGUGCAGGUCCAGCCUCAAGGCCUGCGACGAGACUACUGCCAAGACAUUCGUGGCGAUGCUGGAGGCAGAUAACCAGAAGGUCAGGCAGCCAGAGGGCGAGCCCGAGGCGGCGGCCUCCGAUGGUGCCCCGGCCUCGUCCUUGCUGGUGGCGGUAAAAGCUGAGGCUGAGAAGAAGGAGAAGGCUGAGGCUGAGGCCCAAGCCGAGGCGGCCCAGGCUGAGGCUGAGGCGGCUGAGGAUGCAGCAGCUCGAGCGCCUGCCGAUGGCGCCGACGAAGAACGCGGAGACAUGAAGAAGGCCGCUGACGCUGAGGAGGCUGCCGUGACGCCGGGUGGCCCAGGAGUCAACGACGACGUCCCCGACGAGGCCGAGGUUCACUUUCACUGCGAUGGAACUGCUACCCCGAUCGACGGGCAGAUUCCGGACGAGGAGCAGCUCGACGGGCCCGACGCCUCCAUGAGUGAGGCGACGACGGCCGUGGCGGCUGAGCAGCAGGCGCUGGACUCGAACAAGGAGAAGGACAAGGGGAUGGAGAAGGGGAAGGGGCCUCAGCCUGAGACAGUUGUUGAGCCAGCUGUUGCGGCGGUCGGCGGCGGCAUCGGGCAGGAGGAGGAGGGUCCUCCAGUUAAGAAAGCGAAGCUCGCUGAUGAGGCGGAGGCGCAGCAGCAGGAGCCGCAGCAGCAGCAGGAGCAGCCGACCAAGAAGCUCAAGGCGGCGGACGACGCGCCCGCAGCGGCAAAGUCAGCAGGAGCACCUCCAGCGGCGCAGCAGGUCCCGGGCGCGGCGGCGGCGGCAAAGGCGGUUGCGAAGGGGAAGCAGAAAGCAGCUGCAGCUGCGAAGGGAGGAGCUGCGGCGCAGGGGAAGCUGCCCUUUGCGAAGGGCAGCAGUAGCAGCGCCGCAG